AUGCCGCCGGUGUGCUUCACUGCAACGUGGGAGGCUGUUGAGCAUGGAAAUCGGAAGCUGAUCGGCGUGACUUCCAUGUACAUUUUCUUUGUGUAUGGCUUGUCAAUUUUACUACUGGAGAAGCUUUACUUGAUCCUCAAGGAUAUAGUUCCACUUCCUCUACGUGCCGCAAUCUACGUUUUUGUAUGCUAUUUUUGGGAGUUCAGCACUGGCCUAUUCUUGAAGCGCUGGGAUGCCUGCCCAUGGGAUUACGAAAGUUAUUUCCACUAUCAUUUCAUGGGACUUAUUACUUUCGAAUAUAUUCCUGUAUGGUACAUAUCGUCGAUAGCUUGCGAGCGAUUCCUAAUUCGUUAUGCACUUCAGUCGGCU